CUAUUAGAGAGUUUUUCAAACCAGUAUGUGCCAUUCACCCCUUCCUCCCAUCUGGUUGUCUUACUACCCAGCUUCCUCUGUUUCCUAUUGGUCAGGAGCAGAUGCGGCGCUGUGCUAUUGGACAAAAGUUGAGCUUUUCUCCUUGAAUACGCUUGCAGGCUCAGUCACCCCGUUCUUCUGGUGUAGCGUGUGUCCGCAGCUGUUCUCCUGCGCGCAAAGACCGUUAUUCAGAGCGCAUUACGUAACGCAAUGGUGUUUACCUGAAGAGAAGCAUUUGCGUUUUUGAAACCAACAACUGGAAAGUGGAGCAGCUGUUUCGCGCUUUAAGAAGCGGACUGUUCGUCGGACCCGAAGGGUAAUAAUAAGGACGAUAUUCUAAGGAAAUAUGGCCUCGGCGGGUCUGGAGCUGAUUGGCCUGACGCUAGCUGUGCUCGGCUCGCUGUUAGAGAUGACGGCGUGCGGUCUGCCCACGUGGAAGGUGGCGGCGCACAUUGAAGGAAACAUCGUGGUGUCGCAGACCAUGUGGGACGGCCUGUGGAUGUCUUGUGCUGUGCAGAGCACGGGACAGAUGCAGUGUAAGGUGCACGACUCGAUGCUGGCGCUCAGCGGCGCCAAGCAGGUGGCGCGCGCGCUCACUGUGUUCUCGUCCGUGCUGUGCGUGCUGGCGCUGCUGGCCGUGAUCGCCGGAGCGCAGUGCACCAACUGCAUCCGUGCCGAGCUCGUAAAGGUGAGACUGGUGAACGUCGGAGGAGCGCUGUACAUCGUCAGCGCCCUGCUUUUACUCGUGCCCGUCUGCUGGAUGGCCAACCAGAUCAUCACCGACUUUUACAGCCCGCUCGUGCCUACGUCCCAAAAGAGCGAGAUGGGCGCCGCGCUCUACAUCGGCUGGGCGGCCGCGGGCCUCCUGCUGCUGGGCGGCUCGGUGCUCUGUUGCUCGUGUCCGCCAUCAUCAGCGGCCAGUACGGGUUACUCAGUCAACUACGCGCCCACGAAAAGAGCCACGACCAACGGAGACUACGACAAGCGGAACUACGUGUAAAUGUACAACUGGAGCCACGCGUAAAUUCAUGUCUACUGCGGCCUGUAUACCCCGCUAACUGUGCGCCAUGUGAUCUGCGCCUAACACUUAGUACACUAUUAAGAAAAAAAAUUCCACCCAGCACCCUUAAAGUUUUUUUUUUUUUUUUUUUUUUUUUUUUCGGUUUUAAAGCUUCUGUGUUGAACCCUGCAACAGAGGAUUUCACUCCCAAAGUUCCACGUAGACUUUGUUUAGAAAGCUCGAACCCUUCACCGUCCAAAGAAGCCUUGGAGAGCUCUUUAAUAAUAAAAAAUAAUAAUAAUAAUAACAGUCUGUCAAAAUAUAGCGGCAUGUAGCUAUUUCGGCACAGUAGACUAUUGACAUUGAUGAAAAUGUGGCAGAAGAAGAGAGAGGUAGCCAAGCAUUGUCCCUAAAACUCAGGCCUAAAUGUGAUUCUUUAUUGAGUUUAUUUACCACUGUACUAAAGAGCAAAGGGUGGCGUGUCGGACGAAUCGUGGGUGUUUUCUUAUAGCCUGUGUGUUUUCGCACCUGUAGAUUUUUCUGUCUAAACCUAAAUGUAAAUGACCCGUUUUCCCCACUGGUCAUGGACUCUUACUGUCUCAUGUUGACUUUUUUUGGACUUUCGAGACUCCCUGUUUUAAACAUAUAGGCUAUGCAUUUCCAAUGGCUAAAAAGGACAGAAGCGCCUUGAUUUCAGCCCAAAAUCGCAUUUUUAAAUAAUAGUUUCACUGUUUUGACCACAAUUCUUUGCCAAAUCCUUGAAUCAUCAUGAUCCUUGAUGAUGAUCAUGAUGAUGAUUAUUAUUAUAAUAAAAUUUUAAUUAACAAUAAAUAAUAAUAACAAUAAUAAUAAUAAUGUUGAUUGUUUUCAUGGGUUGGCUGAAGGUGAUCUAUUCGGGAGUCCUUACUCUACUUGGGAAGUUUGAUUUCAGAUACUUUUCCUUACAUGGACUAUCAGACAAAGCUGCCUAAUUGAGAAAAUGAUGUGGAUUUUUACAAUAGCUGUCUAGUUAAAGGAGUAGGUGCUCUAAAGUACAGACCAGACCCGUGUGCCCAGCACUAUGAAAAUAAUCGCUGGACAUAUUUAGUUUGUGCCUUGUAAUGAUGGAGUGUCUUAUUUUAUUUGUAUCUUUAACUAAUCAGACCACCAAUACCAAAAUUUGUCAUCAAUAGUCUUUUUCUGCUUCAUUACUUUUUUUUUUUUUUUUAAACUUUCAUUGUUUUUAACUUUCAUUGUAUCAAAGUUUUGAAUUGUAAUAUUUUUAAUAAACAGUUAUUGUCAUAAUGGA